ACUCAUACAAUGUGAACUGUAGAAUUUGCUGAAUUCCUUGACAGUCGCUUGGAGAGUUGCCAACGAGCAUGAGCGCGCGUUAAAAUCACAUUUUGUGUGAAAAUUUCUCUAUCUCCACAAGAAGAAUUAAUUAGUCGAAAUGAAUAAGGAGAAUGCGUAUACAACGGUUGUGAAAAACGGCAAAUCUUCCGAAUGCAAAAACGCUGGCACAAAGAAGAAAGGAUUAUUGGUAAACGUAGAAAAUCGUCAGUCAACGUCCGCGGCGCAAGGUUCUUCCAUCGCUAACAUAAAGUUUCAAAUUUACUAUGAUGGCACGAACGGUAGAUCACGUCCGCGUGCACGAAAAGACGUGUGUAGAAAAGACAUAAGAGCGAGGCAAGAUAACAAUGCGCUUGAAAAGACAAUUAUAUCGACGACGAAAGCAGCGAAAGAUAGCAACAGCAGUCCUGAUUUACAUGCCAGUUUACGCAGAGCACGUUCCUCAAGCAAUUGUCGGCAGACAUCAACAGCUAUCUUGAAUAAACCGAUCAUGACAAACAACUUAUUUUGCAAUCGAAGAUCUUAUUCCGAAAGCACAAGGAUUUCUCACUAUGCUCAAAAUAUCGUACAAUUACCCGAAAUUCGAAAAACAAGACAUCUUACAGACGAUGUUAAAAAACGAACACUUUCCAGUAUUCAAAUGUGGAAGGAUAAAAUGAGGAAGCCAUAUACUGGCGCUGUGACCAAGAAUACGGCCAGUCUAAAUGUAAAUAACAGGGCUCUUUCACAAAUUGACAUUAAUAAAAUGCAUGUCAAAACUAAUUUGAAAAAGAGAUAUGUUACUGGAUCGAUGGAUUUGCAAUCCGAGGUAUCACGAAAUCGUAUGACUAAUCUGAAUAAAAUUGAUGAAGUAACACCAAACAUCGAUUCGGGUCUACUGAAGUAUUUAUCAAGUGAAAUUGCAACGAUGUUACAAAAUAAGUAUUUGCCAGCACAACAUAAUAAUGUACACGAUAAUAAAAAGAGCUCUACUUCUGAGAAUACUCUAAAUAAUUAUCUAAGUACUACGGUCGUCAUUAGCUCUAAUAGCGCGACACCUUUGGAUGGCCCUUCUUCUUUGCCAUUGACACCAGCGAAGGUACGUCACGAAAAACAAGUGACUCAGAAAUCAUCAUCAUCAAUCAAGGACAAUGAGCUUGACAUUAUUUGCGAGACACCGUACGAACGUGAUUACUUGGAGGACGUACCAGAUACAGAACGCAUGAGGGAGAAUAACGCUCCGAAGCUUUCCUCUCGUUUUCUACGUGAUAAUGUUAAUCCAGAACAGAGGAAACUCAUCGUAGGAUAUAUUAUUCGUCUUGGCGUACACUGCCAUUAUUCUUCGCACAUCAUUUAUCAGACGGUCAAACUGUUCAAUGUAGCUAUUGAUAAAAUUUUAGUGGAGAUGAAUGAUAUACAAUUAAUGGCUCUGGCGUGUCUCUGGAUAACUCUCAAGCAAGAAGCACAUAGUGUUAAAAUACCAUCGGCGACUACAAUACUGCAACUGGCGAAGGAUUUAUACGUUAAUCAGGAGAAGUGCUUGUUAAUAUAUGAGAAAAAGAUUCUCUCCACUAUUAAAUUUAACAUACGAUUCGCCGAUCCAUUCUCAUUGAUGUCAUAUUACAUAUUGAAUGUAAACCGAGAUAGCCAAUGCAAUCUUAUUUUACCGACCGAUAUCGUGCGCCUUUACUUUUGCGGUAGUUACAUGAUCGAUUUGUCGAUGCUGGAUGAAAACUUAUGUGAUAUGCCGGCCUGUGUGAUAGCAAUGGCUGCGGUAGAGUUGGCACUUCGAUUUGUAUAUUUGAGCGACGUUAACAUGGAUCAAGCAUGGUGUCAAGUUUGGCGAAGUAAACAAUCGCUUACAGAAUGGGAAGAAAGAAUGAUGAAUACUACGAAGCGGAUCAUGAUACGACAUGCUUUGGAAUAUGAGAAAUUUAGUUCAAAUAUUGUAUAUAAGAAAUACUUACGCAGCAAACAUGGUAAAAUCUCCCAUUUUCUUUACGAUAAACUGAAGCAAAUCAUCAUGUAAUCAGAGAUAUCGGACGUUAAUGGAUAUGGAUGCUACCGGCAAUAUGGGAAGAGCAUUUGCUCGAAAAUACGACAUACAUGGAUGUGAUCGAGAGGAUCGAAGAGCGCCGGAGAGAGAGUCACUGGAUAUAAAUCGAAUGCUGUUCGCAUAUGUUAUAUUUCGUUACCAAAUACAUUUUAUAUUUAGAUCGCGCUGGUCGCGUUUAUAUUUUAUAAUUUACAAAUAAUUUGAUGUCUUUUAUAUUUAAAAAAUAUUUAUUUGAAAAAAGUUUCUAUAAAGUCGUUGUAAGAAGGAAUAUAAUAAUGUACAUGUAUGCUCGGAAAAAUAUAUACUUUUAUUAUUGAAAGUUCAAAGAAGCAAGCGUUUAAGUCCACGCUCGGCGUUGACUCCUUAAAAGAUUGGUGGUCGUGAGACUGAAAUGCGUGUAAUCUCUAUCGCGGCAAAAUAUAUGCUAUUUGUCAGUGUGU